AUUAAUUUAAAAUUUUACUUUCGUUUUCAGUACUAUCUUCAAAAUGUCCAAAGUUCGCUCGUUACUUUUCACUGGUGCAUUCAUACGAAGAAAAUUUGUUAGUGGUCAGUCGCAGGUUCUCACAAGUACAGCAAGAAACAUGUCAACAGAGGAGUACAAAUUCGACACCUUGAGUGUCACGAGACCAAGGGAAUUUGUAGUGCAAGUGGAAAUUAAUCGCCCAAAGAAAAUGAAUGCAAUGAAUCAAGCAUUUUGGAGGGAUUGCAGAGAGUGUUUUCAAAGACUGUCUACAGAUCAAGACUGCAGAGUUGUGGUGCUCUCAGGGUCAGGAAAAAUAUUUACAGCAGGUUUAGAUCUGACGGAUAUUGGUGACAUUGCAUCGUUUACCAACCCGAACAUGGAUGUCAGUAGAAAAGCCUUCCUGAUCAGAAAUAAAAUAAAAGACUUGCAGGAAUCAUUCACUGUUAUCGAAAAAUGCUCCAAACCAGUGAUUUCAGCAGUACAUAGUGCCUGUAUUGGAGGUGGGGUUGAUAUGACAUCAGCAUGUGAUAUCCGAUAUUGUACCAGUGAUGCUUGGUUUCAAAUAAAGGAGGUAGACAUUGGGCUUGCCGCUGAUUUAGGAACAUUACAGAGAUUUCCCAAAAUAGUGGGAAAUGACAGUUUAGUGAGAGAACUUUGUUACACAGCAAGAAAAUUUUUCAGUGAUGAGGCAAAGCAAAUAGGCUUUGUAAGCCGAGUCUUCCCAGACAAAGAAGCCAUGAUGGAGGGAGCCCUAGAAACAGCCUCUGUGAUAGCAACAAAAUCACCUGUAGCAGUGCAGGCCUCCAAACAUAGCUUGGUGUUUUCUCGAGACCACAGUGUACAAGAGGGCUUGAAUCAUGUGGGUCUGUGGAACCAAGGAAUGCUGCAGAGUGAAGAUGUGAUGAAGGCUGCAAUGGCAAUGAUGGAAAAGAAACAAGCAACAUUCUCUAAAUUAUGAAGAAAUCUGUGAUUAUGUUUUUGAGUCAUAUUCAAAUUUGAUAUGAUAACAAAUGAAAAAUAGAAUACAGUGUAGAUCAUUUUUAAACAGAUAUGGAGUUAAUCUGAAUUAUAUGUACAUAUUUGUAAUACAUGUACUUUGAUAUGUAGAAUUAUUAUUCAGCUAUUAGUCUGAUCAUUCCAGACAAAAUAAAUCACAAUGUUGACA